UAUCACACGAUUUGUUAUCUGUGAAAAUGUCCUGGUAUGGCGUAAGAACACUAAGAACCAAUUAUUAUUGUAUUAUUGUAGUUUCUGUUUAAAUUUGUAUUAAUAAUUUGGCUAAAUUUUGAUUUUUAAUUAAGUUCAAGCAAUACCUAUUUGUAUAAUUAGCUAAAAAGGAUAGACCUAUUCCUUGAUAAUAUUAAAAUGGCAGAUUCUAAUAAAGGCAACGAUGCAGCUCUCGAGUGGUUGAAAUUGAAAACGGACAAAGGCCAAAAACCAGAUUAUCAAAUCAGAGCUGAAAUGGAAGAUGUUGGCAACAAAUUUUUGAGGAAAUUUAAAGAAAACCCAUUAGUGCCUAUUGGUGCAUUGGUAACUGUUGGUUUUUUGAGUGUGGGUCUAAAGAGUAUGUAUGAUGGCAACAGAGUUAGAUCUCAAAUGAUGAUGAGAGGGCGUAUAGCAGCUCAAGGAUUUACUGUUGUAGCUAUAUUGGGCGGUUUGUUCUAUCAAGGAAUGAGAGCAAUAAAAGAAACCGAAGAUGACACUCAUGAGACUGGUUUAAAAUAGUGAUUCGUACCAUGUCACAUAUUGUUUUACAGUUCAAUUAUUUGUUAUUUUUUUUAGUACUUACAAGCAUUUUACAUAGAUUAUUUGUUAACACAGUAAAUUAAACAUUGGCGUUUGCAUUUAUCUAAAUAUAUACACAUUAUUAUAUAAUUAGAAAAUAUAACGCCUUGAAUGGAAAAACAAUUUUGCUGUACCUACUAUAACCAAUUGAAGUAGGACGUUUGAGUACUAUAAUCAAUUUAUUUCGUGGAAAAUUGGUUCUAUUUUUCACAGUGAUAUAUUUUUUGUUCUACAUGAUAGGCAUGUUUAAGGCUAGGAAGUUUUGGAUUUUGCUAAAGGAAAAUUGUUUCCUUAUUAUUUUCAUACUUAACUAAAUAUGUAUCAUGUAAAGAAAAUACAAAUAAGAGCAUUAAGAUUUGAACUUAAAUAAACAUGGUUUGAUUUCA